UUGGCAACAACAAUAAUAACAAGAUCCUCCCUCAGGUGAUUCCUGGUAUCUCACUUGUCUUCUCACCGGCUGCUGCUCUUGCUCUGUCUAAUCACCAGUUGGCAGCGUUCACGCCUAACUACCCACUUUAGAGACGCUAAACGGCGCUGUUCAACGGACUGUCACGGCGGCACCGCCUCGAAAUAAGCAUUUGGUGAAGGGCCAACCCGCUGCCAAUUGCCAUAAGAUCAACAAGGAAGCAAGACUCGUCUCUGAAGGUGUGUAACAAUGGCUGACUGUGAAACAAGCAAGAUGCCAGAGCAGCCAACUGAUAAGGAAACCCCCAAGGUUCCAGAAGCCCAAGCAGAGAGCACUUCUGCUUCUGCAGAAAAGAAAGAUGGAAGUGCAGCAACAUCAGGGGAAUGUGAGGGUGCUAUUGGGGGAAUGCGAGAUCCAAGUGCAAGGCAGGACUUAAAUGAUGAAGAUAGUGAUGAAGAAUACAGUGAUGAGGAUUAUGAGGAUGAGGACUAUGAUGGGAGUGAGGGAGAGGAAGACAAGGAGGGAUUCAUGAGUAUGCUUCAGAAUUUCUUAAUGAAUAAACUUCACUUGAGUGGAGGUGCCGACACACCACAGGUACUUGAAGAAGUAAACAUCGAUGGUGUCGUGAAAUUUAUUAAGAGUGGACAGUGCAAGAACAUUAUCACAAUGGCAGGAGCAGGCAUAUCAACAUCUGCAG